AGAGAUCUGUACGACGAGAUAAUCCUCCCGGCCGUCUACGAAACAGUUCCCGAUCACGCCCGGCAGGAAAUCCCUAGCUCCUAUGACCUUAUCUACUCAAAAUCUCGUGCCUAUCAAGAAAAGCCGGGUGCUGGCCGCUGGAGUGCCGAAGACGAGAGCCGGUCCUUUCGCCUGGCAUACAACAUCCCUGCCGAUGCCCUCCCGCGCUUCUGGGCGUCGAUCGUAGAGAGAGCGAACUUGUAUCGGGUCCAAACACGGCGAGGGGAAGACGUUGCCUACUUCCAGAACCCUCGCUUGCUUUUCCAAUCUCAUGACUUGAAGAACGUAUUUGCGCGACCGAGCCUCUACGAAAGCUUGGCUCUGUUUCGAGAUAUGAUCUUGGCCAAUCUCGACCCAAGCCAGCUCGACAUGCACUCCUGCUGGCUUGAUGUGGGGAUGCGGGACCAUGUUAGCAGACCUCCAUCGUCAUCGCGGCCACAGGACGCUCAGGGCAGGGCUGAACCUUGGACGCUACUCUGGAAAAGUGAAUGCUGCCGUCAUCUUCAUAAGAGCCUUCAAGAUCUGGUCCCAGAAGCCCCGCUUGACGCCAAAUACUACCGUUCUUUCCUCCUCCGCGAUGCAGGGACCUACUAUGCUAAGGCGAGGCCAAGCCGG